AUGAAUAACUUGCAACCACUAGUACAGUUCUUCUCUUGUAAAGCUAAUGAUCUUACUCUUGAGCCGCUUCUGUUAGUGACGUGUAUUUGGCAUUUAUAUGUUACAUCAAGUUUGGCUGCUAAAAAUGAAUCAUUAAACUUUCAAGAUUUUUUGGAUCAAAUUCAAAGAUUGAACAGAAUCACUAAUGGAUCCUUGGAGUUUUCCAUUGGAUUAGACACGUUUGAUGAACUGGACUUUAAAAAGCCAAUUCCAAGAUUAGUUUGGGUAGAUCAAACUAGAAUUAAGAUCCUCGAAAAGCGAUUGGGUAAUACUGAUCCUUUAAAAAUCGAGAGUGGAGAAGUACAUGAAACUAAUCGUGUAACGAAUCCACCAGAUUUAUUAAGUCUCUUGAAAGUUCCUCAAAAUUCAGUUCUUUCUCAAAUGGAAGAAAUGAUCCUGAGGAAGACAGCACAAAGUUUUCUAGUAAAAGAAAAGCUCAGACUUAAGACCGUUCACAAACCAUUUUUCGAAGUUUGUAGAAAUAUCUCACAUAUUCAGGCACUAACUUCACUUUAUGUGACUCCAACCGGUGAUGUACAUAAAAAUGCGUCCAAUGAGAUUAAGAAUAGAUUACAAGGAGAAGUUUAUAACUGUGUAUCUAAAAAGCUUCAUUAUCUUCCACUUUUAUCAAAUUAUACCGAUACUUCAUUAGGAGAUUGUUCUUAUCUAGACACAUGUCACAGAAUGAAAACUUGUCGCUACUUACAUUAUUAUACUUUGUAUCCACCCUCACCAAUUAAUAAUGAUAAAAAAGCAAAGCAAAAUAAAAUUGAUGAAUGUUUUGCAAAUGGCUACAUUAUUGGAGAUUGUUUUAGAGAAUACACGAGAGAAGUAACUCCAGCUCAAUGGAUUAAUUGUGAUGUUCGAAGUAUCCCAUUCCUGAUUUUGGGGAAAUUUGCAGUCAUUAUCUCAGAUCCUGCAUGGGACAUCCAUAUGUCCUUACCAUAUGGAACAUGUAAAGAUACGGAAUUACUUUCAUUACCCAUGCAUGAGUUACAAGAUGAAGGAAUUUUGUUACUUUGGGUUACCGGUAGAUCAAUUGAUACUGGUCGUAAGGCAUUGAAGAAUUGGGGUUAUUCUAUAUCAGAUGAGAUAAUUUGGAUAAAAUUAAAUCAAUUACGUAGAACAAUUGUUACUGGUAGAACUGGUCAUUGGUUGAAUCAUUCAAAGGAGCAUCUAUUGGUAGGGGUAAAGGGGAACCCUAUCUGGCUAAAUCGAUUAGUCGACUCAAAUAUUGUAGUAAGUCCAACAAGGGAAACCCUGAGAAAACCUGAUGAAGUUUAUGAUAUUGUAGAGAGAUUAGUUGGAAAACAUGCACGGAAACUUGAGCUUUUUGGCAGAGAUCAUAACGUUCGACCUGGAUGGUUUACAAUUGGAAAUCAAUUACAAGGAACUUCAAUAUACGAGAAAGAAGUUCAGUUGAAAUACGAUCAAUAUUCCCAGGGAUUACCGAAAAAAUGA